AUGGAAAGAGACAGCUCAGGUCCUCGGAAGGGGGCAUUGUCUUGGGAUGAUUAUUUCAUGGGACUGGCCUUCCUCACUGCCAUGCGCUCCAAGGAUCCCUCAACCCAGGUAGGUGCGUGCAUCGUCAAUGGACGAAAUCGAAUCGUUGGAGUAGGCUACAACGGCAUGCCCAGCAAUUGUUCCAACGACGAGCUUCCGUGGGGGAAAAAAUCACACGAAGGCCUUUUGUCGACCAAGUACCCUUAUGUUGUGCAUGCGGAACUGAAUGCCGUUUUGAACAAAAAUGCAGAGAGUGCGGCGGGCUGCAGGAUCUAUACCACCUUGUUCCCUUGCAACGAAUGUGCCAAAGUCAUUAUUCAGGCUGGAAUCCAACAGGUCAUCUAUGCAUCAGACAAGCACUCAGACCGGAUGAGUGCAAGAGCUUCUCGGCGUUUGUUCGACCUUGCUGGGGUUGAAAUGCGACAGUUUGUGCCAGAGAAGGAUCUUCUGGCGCUUCCACUUCGGUAUGUGGAAGAUCAACAAUCAGCUCCUCGAACUUCUCCACUUGCUCCAGUUGCUCCAGUUUCCUGUUGCGGAGGUCACUUGGGAUCCGGAACUGGGCGAGACGUGAGCGAAAGCGGCUUGGGGAAGCAGGGAUGGAUGGCCCUGACCGGGUUUGCCUUCCUUGGCGCAGGCGUCCGAUUUAGGGCUCGAGCGCCCAGUUGGGCGCAUCUUGCUCGCCUUCUGCCGCGUAUGUCGCGGCUCCUCUGA